AAUUCUUAAUUAUUUACAAUAUUCCUUCUCUUCUUCCCUCUUCCCCAAGUCACUGUAAUUAAAUUCUUCUUUCGAAAUCCUUCUUCCUUCCUCUCUCCCUCCUUGCCUCUGUCAACCAUAUGAAUAGAUUGGAAAUCUUUUCCAUUGUUUGAAUCUAAUUGAAUAUAACGCUUUACUUGAUAUCCCAAAAUGUCUCAAGUUAAACCUAAACGUGGCCGCAAACCUAAAGUCCCCACCACACAAGAAACCCUAGAUGCUCCCUCCACCUCCAUUAUCGCCUCCUCCGCCGUCAUGGAUGACGUUUUCUCCGUUUCUAAUGUUGAAAUAAUUCCCACCACUAAUCCUUCCACCCUCGCCACCGCCACGACGAUCUCGACAACCAGUACCAACCACCAGAAGCAUCCAGAUCACCGUCCUCGCCGAGGCCGUCCUAAGAAAAUUCUGAAACACGAAAACCCGGAGGAGAAACCGCCCCCACUUCCGCCCAUUUCCACCUUGGGGGUUUCUUGGCCGUUUGAAAAUGGCGGGGAUUCUGUUGGAGGGGGGCCCGCCGUGGCCAGAGUCGUACCGGCUAUGGACGCUGUUGUGAAGGUGUUUUGUGUCCACACGGAGCCAAAUUUUUCGUUGCCGUGGCAGAGGAAGCGACAGUACAGUUCGAGUAGUAGUGGGUUUGUUAUUAGUGGUCGGAGGGUGCUGACAAAUGCACAUUCUGUGGAGCAUUACACGCAGGUUAAGCUCAAGAAAAGAGGCUCCGACACUAAGUACUUGGCUACUGUGCUUGCUAUUGGGACAGAGUGCGAUAUUGCCAUGCUUACAGUCAAUGAUGAUGAAUUUUGGGAAGGAGUAUCACCUGUGGAGUUUGGAGAAUUACCUGCCCUUCAAGAUGCUGUAACAGUUGUGGGUUAUCCAAUUGGAGGAGACACCAUUUCUGUGACUAGUGGUGUUGUAUCACGUAUAGAGAUCCUAUCUUAUGUUCAUGGGUCGACUGAGCUCUUGGGACUACAGAUAGAUGCUGCUAUAAAUUCUGGAAAUUCUGGUGGGCCUGCCUUUAAUGAUAAAGGCAAAUGUGUAGGCAUUGCGUUUCAGUCUCUUAAGCAUGAAGAUGUGGAAAAUAUAGGUUAUGUCAUACCAACGCCAGUCAUUAUGCAUUUCAUCCAGGAUUACAAGAAGAAUGGAGCAUAUACAGGGUUCCCUAUUCUUGGAGUUGAGUGGCAGAAAAUGGAAAAUCCUGAUUUGCGUAUGGCAAUGGGCAUGAAACCUGAACAGAAAGGUGUUCGUAUCCGAAGAAUUGAUCCUACUGCACCAGAGUAUGAGAUUUUGAAACCAUCAGAUAUCAUUUUAAGCUUUGAUGGGGUUGAUAUUGCCAAUGAUGGAACUGUCCCAUUUAGGCAUGGAGAGCGCAUUGGCUUUAGUUACCUAGUCUCUCAAAAGUAUACUGGGGAUACUGCAGCGGUCAAAGUUCUCCGUGAUUCCAAGAUUCUUAAUUUCAACAUGAAGCUUGCCACACAUAGAAGGCUUAUUCCAUCUCACAACAAAGGGAGGCCGCCGUCUUAUUACAUUAUUGCAGGAUUUGUUUUUUCAACAGUGUCUGUUCCAUAUAUUCGCUCUGAGUAUGGAAAGGAUUAUGAAUAUGAAGCCCCUGUCAAGCUUUUGGACAAACUCUUAUAUUCCAUGCCACAAUCGCCGGAUGAGCAGCUUGUUGUGGUUUCUCAGGUGCUUGUGGCUGAUAUUAAUAUUGGAUAUGAGGAAAUUGUUAACACUCAGGUUCUUGCAUUUAAUGGUAAGCCUGUGAAGAAUUUAAAGUGUUUGGCGGACAUGGUAGAGAACUGCGAUGAUGAAUUUUUGAAAUUCAAUCUAGAAUAUGAUCAGAUAGUGGUCCUCCGCACAAAGACUGCAAAAGCAGCCACCCUGGAUAUUCUUACAACCCAUUGCAUACCUUCAGCUAUGUCUGACGACCUCAAAAAAUGAUUUUGGAUUAUAAGUUAGGUUCACUGAAAUUGGUAUCUAUCAGACUCAGUUGUCAAAUAUCACUGCAAAAUUUAGUUUCCAGCAAGAUCUGGAAAGAAAUUUCAACUUCUGCCGGGUGGAGUUGCAUGCCAUACAUAAAAAAUUGCUUGGAUUCACUAUGAAGCCUCGGACACUAGGGCGAGGGUAAAGCUCACCUAGAUACAGUUUGAAAAAAUUGAGUGGAUGGAGACCUUUUUUUUUUUCUUUUAUUCAUAUAUUAUUUCUGGAGAGAGCUCAGCCAUUUGUAAUAUUGAUAGAUUAUUUUUUGUUUGUUGGAAAAAAACAAAAAAGAAUGCAACCAAAAGUUUGAGAACA